AUGAAUCGCGAACCAAUCGUCUCCCCAGACACGCCAAUGCCAAAGGGCUACGGAUUCCUCAGAAAAGGCAAUCCCUUCAUGACGGCACUCUGCCGCCGAAAGACACACGAGGCCAGAAAGACGCUGUAUGUCGUCUCAAGCCGUGGCCAACAACAAGGACUCAGGGCACCGAAAUGGAUCAUCCACCAGGUCUUUGCCGAAGAAAAGGCAAGUCGCGAAAGGAGACGCGGUGCCGUCGAGAGGCGCGACGCAGCCACUCAGGAUGCGUUUGAGGCGGCCAUUCUGAAAGGCUUCCCCAGGAUUCCAAAGAAGGAUCUGACGACGGUCCUCAAGCGCACUCUCAGGAAGCGCAGCGGCCGGGUUGGCCGUACCGCAACGCUGGACUUGGACAAGAAGGCAUAUCUCGCGGUCCAGGCACAUGUCCGCCACUGCCACACGAACUAUGAUAGGCUCACCAAGGAGAGCCGGGACCGAGAUGCUGCCAGGAGGGCUAUACGAGACAAGGUGUCCAAUCUCUUGGUCGAAUGGGGUGGCAAGCCAGCAGCAGUGAAUCCCGGAGCGGACAGGGACAAGAACAACGACAGGAGACACCAUCGGAAGACUCGAGCAUCUCGAGAGGCAGUGGCCCGGACGACUCAGCGCCUUGUUGCACGCAGGUCUUCUGCGUCGAAACUCCAACAGCCGCCGAAACAGAAUCGGCCCUCCAGGAGAAAUCAGUCACAGCCUGAAUCGCAACCAGUGGUUAUCGAUUUGACGCAAGACGAUGAGGAAGACGACUCCGAAAGAACCGCAUCGGCAAGUCGAGCGUCUUCUGAGGACGAGUUUGGGGAUUCAUCAGCGCAGGAGGGUGGCGACGGCUCGUAUGAGCUGUCCGACGCGAUGGACUCUGACGGAGAUUACGAGGUCGACAGCGACUGGCUGUCGAGUUGA